CAACAUCUCUGCGGCUAUCGUCCGCUGCUCCUGCGGACUACUAACAUCUUCAUCACGGUGGAUCAACGGUUGGUUCCUUCUGCCAGCGUGCCUCUCUGUACGUUGUGCAUAAGACGAGGUCUAGACUCGAUAAGUACGGAGAUGACGUUUGGCGGCGUAGUUUCACAGGUCAGGACUGCAAUCAUCUUUCAGACCUCCGAAGAAGACGACCUUGUCGAAACGUUAGGUCAAUAAAGAUACCACCGUACUAAUCUGGGC